UCAUGGCCGUAGCUCGUAUCGGUGUGUAUGAAAUGGAAGAGAGUGGUUGUGUGUGUAUGUGAUAACGUCUGUUACAGAAAAUGUAAUGUCUCGAUUAAACAUAGCUCCACAGUACAAGGUUCAGCAGUAACAACAGAAGUCAAUUUUUUUUACUGAUAUAUUUGAGACGCUGACUUGAGCAAGAAAGCUGAAUACAGCCUCAAGAUGGAGCCAUUGUUAGUAGUUACAGAUGUGAUGACAGUACUUCGACACUGGGAUGAGGAGCAUCAGGCACAAGCUUAUGAUCCUGUUCCAACACUCACCAGGUUGGCAGAAAUUAUUGAAGCUGAGACAGAGAAUUACAUGAAGAUGGAUCCCGAUCCCUUUGAUGAACGUCAUCCAUCACGUGCUGACCCUGAUUGUGCUCUGGGGCACAUUCUGAAGGUGCUUUUCCGCAAGGAUAGUUUCAUGAAUAAGCUGGUGAAUGAUUAUUUACGUGAUAACUAUUGGAGCCGAAUAGGAAAUCCAAAUAAAGAUUCUCGAAAAUUAAAUAUAGCAGCUUGUCGACUUAUGCUGGACAUUAUGCCGGGAUUGGAAACAUCUGCUGUCUUCCAGGUUCCAGAGAUGGAGAGUACAAUACUGCGUCUCUUCAGCUGGGCAGAGAAGUCAAUCCAACCACUGCAGAGCUAUGCUACAGGACUCUUGGCUGCUGCAAUGGAGGUUCAAGAUAUAGCCGCUAAUUUUAGAGAGCAGAAUUCACAUCUGGUACCCCUCAUGCUGCAAGAGCUACAUAAGUUGCAAGUAAAAGCAGCGGAGGAUCGACACCAAGCUGCUCUGGCAGCCCGUCCAUUUGCCCACCUUGGCCACAACAAUAGAGAGAUUGUUGACAUGGAAGGCAAAAAUGGCAUCACUGUUACCAACCGGACCAAGAAGAGAGUUUCCAGUCAUCCGAAAGAAAAUGGUGGAUUUUUAGACCGUUCUCCACCACUGCUUAGUCCACCAAUGCCAGAGAGUGGAACAGACAGUGUAGAAUCACGCUUGAAUGGUUCCAGCCCACCCACAGGUGGCAAGAGAUCAUACAGAGAAAGUGAUGAAGUUACUACAGAUGCCAAAAGUUGGAGAAAACAGGAAAUUCCAAGUGACAGUUCUGUCAUGUCACCACCUCCUCCUGCUCCCAUGUCAUUAACUUUUACGAGACUCAGUCCUGCAGCGGGAGGAAUUCUGAACAGCACCCCAACACCCAUGGUGGGAUCAGGAGGUGGCAUUGUAGCUCUCAGUGAGUGCAGUAAUUCUUCAUGGGCAGAAAUGGAGAGUUAUGUUAUAGGGAAUAUCCAGAUAUAUCCUCCAACACUGGCAACAAGGCAGGUACUAAUUCUGAGGUACCUCACUCCAAUGGGGGAAUACCAGGAGUUUUUGGGCCAUGUGUUUGAACACAAUGCCCUUGAGUUGAUACUCAAAUACACAGAUCUGAGGGAAUCAAAAGAUUCACGCCUUGCCUUUGAAGCACUGAAGUAUUUAGCAGCUCUGCUCUGCCACAAGAAAUUCUCAAUAGAAUUCAUUAAUAUGAAAGGAUUACAAACACUGUUGAAAGUUCCUAGGCCAAGUGUAGCUGCCACUGGUGUGUCUAUCUGUCUCUACUACCUUGCUUAUUGUGAAGAUGCAAUGGAACGAGUAUGCCAACUCUCGCACCACAUCAUAACUGAUUUAGUUAAGUAUUCACUUUGGCUGCUGGAGUGUUCCCAUGAUUCUGGACGGUGUCAUGCAACAAUGUUCUUUGGACUUUCCUUCCAGUUUCGAGCAAUCUUAGUUGAAUUUGAUGCCCAAGAUGGUCUUAGGAAACUUUAUAAUGUAGUUAGCACUUUACCUAUCCUGUCAGUGGAGGAUGAAGCAGCAUUAAAUGAUGAUGAAGAAUGUGCUGCUCGUCAGAUUGUACGUCAUGUAUGCGUCGCACUGAAGCGGUACCUAGAGGCACAUCUCUGUAUCAAAGCUGAGAACUUAAGACGCACACAGUUACGGGAGACAGGUGGCCAAUUGGAACCAGUGCUUCCUCCGGCUAAGAUCAAAUCAAGCCCAGAAGAGGUUCAGGAGCAGGUUCGACAACUACUGGAUCUGAUGCCAUUCCAGUCCCACUGGGAGCCUGUGGAUCAGCUCAUAAGGCUUGGUGGCAUCACUUUAUUAUUGCAGAUAAUAGCAUUUGCCUAUGAAUGGAAUUAUGCUGGUCGGGCAGAAACAGUACGCAGUGCACUGGACGUGUUGGCUGUGUGCAGCUUGAUGCCACGUGUGCAGUUGCUACUGUGUGAUCGAGUGGAUCUACCUGAUGAAGCCAUGACAGUAGGAAUGAACAUAAUCCUGGGAGCGGCAGAGGGUGAGAUCGUGACUGAUGCUGAUGUGCAGAGAGCUGCACUGGCUGUUAUCAUCAACUGUGUGUGUGCACCGAUCCAUAGGGUAGGGGGCAGUGUAGGUCGCUUCUCAGUUGCUGGUUCAGCAAAGAAGAAGACUAACAAUUUCCGCAGCAGCGAGGAACUCAUUGGCAUGAUGUGGGAGAGCGUUAGAUCCAAUAAUGGCAUUAUGGUGUUGCUUCAGUUAAUGAUGGUCAAGACUCCAAUAACAGAUGCAGAUUCUAUCAGGGCAUUGGCAUGCCGAGCCCUGGCUGGGCUGGCCCGCAGUGAGACAGUACGACAGAUUAUUAGCAAACUGCCACUCUUUACAAAUGGGCAGUUGCAAAUGUUGAUGAGAGAUCCCAUCCUACAGGAUAAACGUAUGGAGCAUGUCAGGUUUCAGAAGAGUGCUCUUGAAUUGAUGGAACGUGUAUCUGGAAAGACAAAGCCAUCUGGUAAUGAGCUGGAAAUAUCAUUGGCAAAUAUGCAUCGAGCAAAUGUUGUUGCACAGACUCGUAUCCAGUUCAAUGACAGACAACUACUCCAGCUCAUCAACCAGCAUUUGGUAUCGCGUGGAAUGUUAGAGACAGCUUCUGCACUGAACAGAGAAGCAGGUCUUCCUGGUGCACCAAUUAAACAGGGAUCUAGUUCAAAUUUUCCACCGUUCAGUUACCGAUCCAAUCUAACACCACCACCACCUCCUAGGCCAAGAAUAUCAAGCUUUUCACCUGGUGCAUCUGUCAUCCACCACCAUCACCAUAGAUCUGUGCCUACAAGUCAAAAUUCAUCGGUGGCAACUACAGCAUCUCAGUUACCAGUAGCUGCAGCAUCUGUUUCAAGAUAUAAUGUAAACUUAACUUCAAGCCAACCACAGCAGUCAGCCAUUGGAGUACCACCAAUCAGAUUCAAUCUUACUAAUUCACGGAAAGUGCAGGGAUCUGCCACUGGUGGUAACUGUAGCAGUCGCUCCUUACAGAAGCAGAUCUCGUGUGAGCAGGGAAGUGUAAUUAAUUCAUCUCCUCUUCUGAAGAAUACAUCGACAGUCACAACAGGAUGCAUUCCAGGGAUAGGCGAGUCCCAUAUCACUCUUGACUCCAUUAUCACCGAGUAUCUCACAAACCAGCAUGCACUGUGCAAGAAUCCCAUGGUACCUUGUCCACAGUUCAAUCUGUUUGAGCCUCACAAGUGCCCCGACCCUAAGGCAAAGAACUCCGCACCCACCAACUUUGCAAUGAGAGUUGCUCGUCGGUCUCUGGCAUUGGCAGGCCAUGAUGCAUCCCGUCUGGAUAGGAAGCUGGUUUAUUCCCGCUUCUGCCCUGUGAGGACAUUUCGGUCAGAAGAUGAUGGGUUCUUCACCUGUUGUGAAUUCCUGCCUUGUGACCAGUUCCUCAUGAUGGGGACAUACCAAGGGGAGGUUAAAAUGUUCAACUUACAUACUGGUUCAGAGGAAGCCACAUACCAAUGCCAUGAGUCCUAUGUGUACCAUUUGCAAGCCAGCAGAGAUCGCUCCCUGCUUCUCACAUCUUCCACUUGGCGAAGACCACUUUCUGCGCUAUGGAGCAUCAACAAAUUUUUUGAAAUGAAGUUUGCAUUAGAAGAGGAGGAAUAUGUGGAGUUCAGUAAGCUCACUCAGGACCACAUCAUUGGGACCAAAGGAGAAAUAGCUACGAUCUAUGAUGUAGCCACAGGAAAGAAGAUACUGACUUUGACUCCCCAGAUUUCAAAUCAGUACACCAAGAACAGGGCUACAUACAGUCCUACAGAUGAGUUCGUACUUUCUGAUGGAGUUCUCUGGGAUGUCAGCUCAGGCAAAGAAAUCCAUAAGUUGGACAAAUUGAACCAAACAUUAAGUGGGGUCUUUCAUCCUAAUGGCCUGGAGGUUGUGUCAAAUACUGAAGUGUGGGACCUACGCACAUUUCACCUGUUACGAACUGUGCCUGCACUAGACCAAUGCCAGGUACUGUUCUCUCGUGCACGAGCCGUCAUGUAUACAGUGUCACUGGAGCAAGAGACUGAAGAAGACACAGCCUUUGAGUCAUCGUUCAAGACAUUAGAUGCUUAUGACUAUUCUAGUAUAGCCACCAUUGAUGUGAGGAAAAAUGUCUAUGACCUAAGCUGCAACAAAUUUGACACCCAGAUUGCUGUUGUAGAGAAUCAAGGAAUGUUUGAUAGUGUCCAGGAGUCAUCUGUUCGACUUUAUGACGUGGGAAGAAGAAGGGAUGAUGAAGACGAAGGGGAAGAAGAUGAAGAGGAUGAAGAUAUGGAUGGAAGUGAAGAUGGUAGUGGCUCUCCUACUGCUUCAGAAGAUGAACAACAGGAAGACAACAAUGCAGGUGAUGGUGAUGGUGAUGGUGCUGGUGCUGGUGAUCAUAACGCCAAUGCAGAUGAAAAUAAUCGGGACAGUAAUGCUGCAGACAGUAAUAAUGAAGAUGAUGGGGAUGAUGUAGUCAUGUCUGAUUCAGAUGAUGACAAUGAUGACCCAGCUGCUAUUUUGCUGUCGGACAGUACGGAUACAGAUGACAUGGAAGACAUAUUGUUUGCUUGAACUGUGUUAUUUGUGAAAAAGCUUUUCAUCUCGCUACAAGGGAUCAGUGACUAUCAGAAAUGCCACACAAGUCAAUAUUCCUGCCUGUGAAAAAUUAUUAUUAUCUCCUUUGGAGCAAUAUGUUGCAGAAUUGUUUCAAAUGUGGUUGUAAAAAUCUGUCUGUGAUCUGGGUAAAACUUCAUAGAUUCUUGCUAUUAUAACUGUCAUUUUUAUUUCUUUUUACCUUCAUUAUUUGUUUUGUGUCAGUAUGUAUAAGAAACUUUCAACAAGUAACAGCUCAACAGUAAUAUGUUCCCCCCCCCCCAGUCAGUGGAAUCAGAGUAUCUCUCAUUCUGCCAGUUUCACUGUAUAAUAAUUUUGCACUAUGUUGAAAACCUUUGAAGACAAGCUUUAGUGCUUUAGGAGCCCUGACAUCCUAACAUCAUAUUAGAAGUGAACCCAUAAAAAUUGUUGUACAUAGUACAGUUAGGGAUAUCAAUUAAAAAAAAAUGGAUUUUGUAUCAUAAUACUUGCUAACCUUUGGUAUGAGCAUGAGCAUACAAGAUGGCUGUGCAAUGAAUGAUUCAUUUUACUUACAUUUAGGUUGCCAGUGUGUAAAUCUGUUUGUCUCCCAUAUGUAUCCUGUAUAAGCUGUAAUCAUUUUAAGGUAAUAUUUUGUUAUGUUUCCAUA